AUGAGAUUAAUAAGCUUUCUACCUCUCCUUCUCUGUCCCUCUCCAUCCUAUAUCUACAGUCUCUACAAUAUGGCGUUUUUCUGUCUUUCCAAAUUCGAUCAUCACUCUUACUUUUUUCUUUCCUUCUUUCUUUCUUUUCAAAUUCUACAAUCAUUUUUACAAUCUUUUUUCCUUCCAAAUUCUAUCAUUAAUCUUUCCUUCUUUUUUUCAAAUUCUGUCAUCAUUCUUUCUUUUUUCUUUUCAAAUUCUAUAAUCACUCUUUCUUUCUUUCUUUCUUUCUUUCUUUCUUUCUUUCUUUUUCUUUCUUUCUUUCUUUCUUUCUUUCUUUUUUUUUCUUUCUUUUUUUCUUUCUUUCUUUCUUUCCAAAUUCUAUCAUCACUCUUACUUUCAUUCUUUCUUUUCAAAUUCGUUCAUUACACUUUCUCUCUUUUUUCUUUCUUUUCAAAUUCUGUCAUCACACUUUCUUUCUUUCUUUUUUUCUCUUCAAAUCCUAUCAUCACUCUUACCUUCUUUCUUUCUGUCUUUUUCUUUUUUCUUUCCAAAUUCUAUCAUUACUCUUUCUUCUGUCUUUCUUUCUUUCUUUUCAAAUUCUGA